AUAAACAAGAAAUUCGACAUGAUCAGGUAAAUUACGUUUGGAAAGAGGCUGCAUUUAAAGCAAGAUUAUAUAAUGAUCAUAUGAAAAAGUCACUAAAAGAAUGGCGUGAUGAUCAACUAAGAUUCAUCAAAGAAAAUAAGAUUUUAACACCUGUAGAAACGCAAUAUCUUCUUAAUGAAAUAACCAAGGUUAGAGAAGCUGUAGAUGCAAAAAAUAAAUCCAAUGAAAUAUUUAUAUGUUCUAUUUGUAACUUAGCAAAAUAUUCAAAAAUCUAUUGUGAACAUUAUGAGAGUCCUAUACCACAUUGCAUUAUUGAAUGGGUAGAAUUUUGUGAAUUAACAGAUAUUGGGUUUUUAGCAGAGGGUGGAUUCGGAAAAGUGUAUAAGGCAAUCUGUACACGCGGCAAUAUCAUUGGUUGGAACGAAGCAGAAAAUACUUUUGUACGAGAUUCCAAGUCCAGAAAGGUAGCACUUAAGGUCUUUAAUGGAGAUGGCCUCCCUGGGGAUGAAUUUUUUCAAGAAGCACAAUGGCAUCAAGAUUUAACAAGAAAACGAAAUCUUAGGCCUUGUGUCAUUAGUAUAUUAGGUUUCACAAGGAAUCAAGAAGGCAAAUAUAUGAUUGUUUUAGAUUUCUGUGAAGGAGGUGAUUUACGAAAUUAUCUCCAAAAACAUUAUAAAGAAAUGAGUUGGCAGGAAAAAGUGAAAGUUGCUUGGGAUAUUUCACUUGAUAUAUAUGGGAUUGUUGAAUAUGGAUCAGUUCAUGGCGAUUUACAUCCUGGAAACAUACUUUUAUUAAAUGAAAGUAUGAAUAAUGACUGGUAUAUUUCUGAUCUCGGGACGUAUCCAUAUUUGGCCAAUGAUAUUAUAUGCGGACUUCGACCUUCUAUAAUUCCUGGAACACCAAAGAAAUAUGCGGAUUUGAUGCGUAAAUGUUGGGCUAAGGAUCCUCAUGAUCGCAUUUCCGCAAAGGAUGCUGUCCAAAUUCUCCGAGUAUUAUUGAGAGACAUAAUUGAGAAUAAUUUUAUUGAUGAAUACUCGAUCGAAAAAAAUCAAUCGUGGAAUCAGCCAAAAUUAGACUUUACAGUUUUUCGAACUAGUGAACGAUUAAUUAUUUCAAAUUUGGUUAAUUGUUGGGAUGAAUCACAUUCGAAUUCGAAUAUAUAUGGUACAAAAUCUUUGAAUUAA